GUGGGAGCCGAAGGAGCUAAGCUGGCAGGACGCUCUCCGCAGAAUGUGCUCUUCACCAAAGAGCGGGCCAAAGCAGGCGAAGAUGAGAAUCCCUGCGGGACCUACAAAAGCACUAAUGUUGUAGUAGCCCGGCACCUGUGGCUGGCAGCGACCUCCUCCAUCGCAGACCGUGAUGGUGUAUUGACCGAGAAGAGCCCUGCUUUUUUUUAUUUUUCCUUCCCCUCCCUCCCCCCUCACGUUUCGGUGGCUGUGGGGUUUGUAUGGCAGCGGCGUAACCGUGGAGAGGCCGGGGUAUCACAAACUUAUGGAUUUUGAUAAGAGAGGAGGGAAAGGGGAGACAGAGGAAGGCAAAAGAAUGUCCAAGGCAGGUGGAGGAAGGAGCAGCCAUGGGAGCCGGAGCGCAGGGACAAACUCUGGAGUCUUAAUGGUGGGCCCCAACUUCCGUGUCGGGAAGAAGAUCGGAUGUGGCAACUUCGGGGAGCUCCGCCUAGGAAAGAAUCUCUAUACGAACGAAUACGUAGCUAUAAAAUUGGAGCCGAUCAAAUCCCGGGCCCCGCAGCUGCAUCUGGAGUACCGGUUCUACAAGCAGCUCGGCAAUGCGGGUAAGGAGCGGCCCUGCCGGCCGGCGGCGCCAAUGGGGGAGCGUAACCGUCACUGCCGAGGCCCGGCUGCUCGGCUAAGGGGGCGUCUCCUGGCAGAGCCCGGCCUCGCGCUGACCCUGGCCCUCCCGCAGAUCACGCGCAUGGAGUACGUCCACACCAAAAGCCUGAUCUACAGAGACGUCAAGCCGGAGAACUUCCUGGUGGGGCGGCCAGGCAGCAAGCGCCAGCACACCAUCCACAUCAUCGACUUCGGCCUGGCCAAGGAGUACAUCGACCCUGAGACCAAAAAACACAUCCCCUACCGCGAGCACAAGAGCCUGACGGGCACGGCGCGCUACAUGAGCAUCAACACGCACCUCGGGAAAGAGCAAAGCCGCAGGGAUGACCUGGAGGCGCUAGGGCACAUGUUCAUGUACUUCCUGCGGGGCAGCCUCCCGUGGCAAGGGCUCAAGGCCGACACGCUCAAGGAGCGGUAUCAGAAGAUCGGGGACACCAAAAGAGCCACCCCCGUCGAAGUCCUGUGUGAGAACUUCCCAGGUAAGGGCCCGGCCCGAGUCGGGAGAGCCCUGAGGGACGGAAGCCCUCCCCCACGUUUGUCCUCCUGGUGUCUUGAUCUGCAGCCAACUCCGAUCGGCACAAUCCACAGCGACGUCCAGGUGCAGCCUCCGAACCGAGACAAAGCACAGCCACACACCAAACACCAGGUGAGCCGCCCGCUGGCCAGGCCAUUCCCGGCGGCUCGGCCAUGGUGGAGCAGAGCGAACCGGUCCAAGCACCAGCCAGUUCAUAGGGGGAGCGGAAGGGGUCCAGGGAUUGUUAGCCGCUCUCCUGAGGCCUGGGAGGCAGCUCUGGCCGGUCCAGGAGAGAUCCUGGCUGGCCCGUCCCCGGGCGCGGUGCAUGCAAAUGAUGGAACGCGGGGCACGUUCUAUCGGCGAGUGACACGUGGGUUUGUGUGGCACACAGACGGGUCCCAGGCUCCGUCAUUAAUGGCAGGGGCGGGGCCUGAUCUGGGGGCGGGGCCACUGACUGGCAGGAACUCAGCUGGGACACAGAAGUGA